GCACUCGUGUAUUGAGAUGUCUGAUAUGAAAUGGUUUCACACAGACUGUCCCGUUCUGUAGUCCAAUCCCAGGAGGAUUGCUGGAGGGAAUGAGUAUUACUGUAUGUGGACGGGUUUUGCCAGAUGCAAACAGAUUCCACGUGGACCUUCAGAAUGCAGCUGAUGUCGCUCUGCACUUUAACCCUCGCUACAACAGUGGUGGGUACAUCGUGCACAACUCCCGCUUGAACGGCGUUUGGGGAAAUGAAGAAAUCAAAGCUCCAACUCCUUUCCCGAGAGGCCAUUUGUUUACUCUGCAGAUCCUCAUCACACUGAGCUCAUACAAGAUAAGUGCCAAUGGGAAACCCUUCUCUGAGUUCAAGCACCGUAUGCCAUUGACACAUGUGGAUAAAAUCUGUAUGGCUGGAAUGGUCAGACCUAGUUUAAUCACUUUCCAGUAUCUUGAGGUGAGAAAAAUAUACACUAAUCAGAAAGUCCCAUACAAAAGCAUCAUUGAUGGUGGAUUACGGUUUGGAAAAGUCAUCAUCAUUGAAGGAGUCAUCAAUCCUAAUGGAAUGGAGAUUUUUCUACGGCACAAAAGCGGAAUUGCGUUUUACUACAGUCCUCGUUUUGAUGAGAAUGUGGUUGUGUGCAACAGCUAUGAGGAUGGGACAUGGGGCGAUGAGGAAAUUUAUGAGCUCAUGCCGAUUCAAAUAGGACAACCGCUGCAAGUCACCAUCUUCUGCAGUCAUCAGGGUUACGAGGUGUUUGUCAAUGGUGAACAAACUCACACUUACAGCCAUCGCUACACUAAUCUGGAGGAGAUUGAUGUUCUGGACAUUCGUGGAGACGUGCAGCUGAGCUUUGUGCAGCCCUGACAAAGAUUUCAUCCAGAUCUAUGAGGAAACCAUGUUCAAAACCAACAACAGCUACAGUGAUGAUAAUAAUAAUACUUAAAAACUAAUAAACACAGGCUGUUCUGCAUUGAUGUGU